AUGGCUACAGGACACCAGAAACAAUACGAUGCUUCCUACGGUUACGAAGACGCCACACCUGAUGUAGCCAAUCGUUAUGGACGUCCUUUCACACCACCGCGUGAUAACUAUAAUAAUUACCAUGAGGAAGCGGGUCCGCGGUACACUCCACCGAUUGCUCAUGGUGCGGAAGGACGGCGUUCCUCUUUCCAAGGUGCUGCCGCACCACCAGCACAAUACGUGGAUUCUAGUGGCAUUAAUUUGCACGACUUUGACAAUGCUACUUCGUUGACCAUGGGAGGCCCUCGCAGAGCAACCAUGUCCUUUGGAGACAAUCUGAAUGCUCCUCCUGGCUUUCACAGCGGCAGGUCGCGUUCUGGAUCGAAUGACUCUGAUUUCCUAACGUCUUUAAUCGGUAAUGAAGACGUGAAUCCAGCCAACUUGCAGCGCCGGUCCUCGCUGCAGGAAGGCAUAUACCAACAGAAUGACCUUAUGAUGGGUGUCCAAGAUCCGAUGGCCGAAUAUCAUGCCCAUCAACGCCGCAACUCUCUACAAGAAGCCCUUGCUCGGAAUGGAACUUCCCCACCCGAGCAAAUGCAUAGACCGCAAAACAAGUGGGACCAGCAGCAGCAACACCACGGUGGCGGUCGCCGAUCCUCCUUGCCCAAUACCAUGGGCCAAAGAGGAUCCAUGGGAUACGGCCAAGGCGGUGGUGGUGGUGGUGGUCAUCGUUACGAUCAAGGAGGUUACGGCGGCGGCUAUCCCCAGCAACCAAGAGCUCCCCAACCCACUGGUCCUCUCUAUACAGUCAAGCUAAAGCGCAACCAACGAAGCUUUGUCCUCGGUCCUCGUAUCAAGUCCAAGCUCGUCACGGGUACCUACGUCAAGGUGGAAGCCGACCGUGGCGAAGAUCUAGGUAUUGUCAUUGGGGAAGCCAGUCCAGAUUCUUUGGAAAUCCCCUCUCGUCGUGCUUCGUAUGGUGGCUUUGAACCACCCCGUCGCAACAACAGUGGCCGCGAGUCACGAGAUCAACCCAAGAAAAUCUUGAGAUUGGCCACUCGAGAAGAGGUUGCUCUACUAGCAACCAGACGCCAAGAAGAAGACGAAAUGCACCAACUCUGUGUUCAAAAGGUCCGCGAACGCGGUUUGGACAUGCGCAUUGUCGAUGCGGAAUACCAAUUUGACCGCAACAAGCUGACCUUUUAUUUUGAAGCUGAACGGCGUGUGGACUUUAGGGAUUUGGUCCGCGAGUUGUUUAUGAUUUGCGGGACCCGUAUUUGGAUGUGCCAAAUCAAUACCUAUGCCACGUCCACGGCGUCGCGCCCAUCCAAUGAGACUCAUGAGGAAGAGGAUCACAGCGAGCCCAUUAUUGCGCCGCCCAGCGAGUUUUUGGGUUAA